GGCUCGAAGGCCCCGCCCUUCAGGUGGCGCUGCGGCCUGGCCCUCUGGCGGGGAGGAGGCGGGUUGGAAACGCGAGGGGCUGUGCGGUUGUCGAUUCCCCAUCUGAACGCAGACGAUGGCGAGCCCGCCGGCUGUGCCCCGACUGCCUCCGCACGACACGAGGACGCCGGCUCUGUCGGUGGUGGACAUGCACACGGGCGGCGAGCCUCUGCGCAUCGUGCUGGCUGGGUGUCCGGAGGUGGUCGGCCCCACGCUGCUGGCCAAGCAGCGCUACAUGCGCCAGCACCUCGACCACGUGCGGCGACGGCUGAUGUUCGAGCCCCGGGGGCAUCGGGACAUGUACGGGGCUGUGCUGGUGCCGAGCGAGCUGCCUGACGCGCACCUGGGCGUCCUGUUCCUGCACAACGAGGGCUACAGUUCCAUGUGCGGCCACGCGGUGCUGGCUCUGGGCCGGUUCGCGCUCGACUUCGGGCUGGUGCCAGCGCCCCCCGCCGGCGCCCGCGAGGCCCUGGUCAACAUCCACUGCCCGUGCGGGCUGGUAGCCGCCUUCGUGGAGUGCGAGGGCGGCCGCAGUGGCGGCCCGGUGCGCUUCCACAGCGUCCCGGCCUUCGCGCUGGCCACAGAUCUCCUAGUGGAUGUUCCCGGUCAUGGAAAGGUGGUGGUGGACAUUGCAUAUGGUGGCGCGUUUUAUGCGUUUGUUAGUGCUGAAAAGUUAGGACUUGAUGUUUGUUCCACAAAGACAAGGGACCUCAUGGAUGCAGCAAGUGCAGUGACAGCAGCAGUGAAAGCUCAGUUUAAAAUUAAUCAUCCUGACAGCGAAGACCUUGCCUUUCUAUAUGGAACUAUAUUAACAGAUGGAAAAGACACUUAUAGUGAGGAACCAACCACCAACAUCUGUGUGUUUGCAGAUGAACAGGUUGACAGAAGUCCUACCGGCUCAGGAGUGACAGCCCGAAUUGCCCUACAGUAUUACAAAGGGCUUCUAGAACUGAACCAGACCAGAGCCUUUAAAAGCAGUGCAACCGGCUCAGUAUUCACAGGGAAGGCUGUGAGGGCCUGUCACUUCUGUGGCCUCUCCCAUUGCCGAGCACAGGCUCCGGACGCGCAGGCUCAGCGGCCAUGGCUCACGGGCCCAGCCGCUCCACGGCAUGUGGGAUCUUCCCAGACCGGGGCACGAACCCGUGUCCCCUGCAUCGGCAGGCGGACUCUCAACCACUGCGCCACCAGGGAAGCCCUGUACCACAUCUUUUUAAUCCAAUCAUCUGUUGAUGGACACUUGGGUUGCUUUCCCAUCUUGGCUCUUGUAAAUAGUACUGCUAUGAACAUUGGGGUGCAUGCAUGUUUUUGCAUUAGUGUUUUCAUUUUUUCAGAUAUAUACCCAGGAGUAGAAUUUUUUGAGGAACCUCUGUAUUGUCUUCCAUAGUGGCUGCACCAGCUUACAUCCCUACCAACAGUAUAGGAGGGUUUCCUUUUCUCCACAUCCUCAUCAACAUUUGUUAUUUGUAGACUUUUUGAUGACAGCCAUGUUGAUUGGUGUGAGGUGGUACCUCAUUGUGGUUUUGAUUUGCAUUUCUCUAACAAUUUCAUGUGCCUGUUAGCCAUUUGUAUGUCUUCUUCGGAAAAAUGUCUAUUCAAUUCUUCUGCCCAUUUUUUUUUUAAAGAUUUUUUGAUGUGGAUCAUGUUUUAAGUCUUUAUUGAGUUUGUUACAAUAUUGCUUCUGUUUUAUGUUUUGGUUUAUUUGCCCUGAGGCAUGUGGGAUCUUAGCUCCCCUACCAGGGAUCAAGCCCACACCCCCUGCAUUGGAAGGCAAAGUCUUAACCACUGGACGACCAGGGAAGUCCCUUCUGCCCAUUUUUUGAUUGGAUUGUUUGGGUUUUUUGAUAUUGAAUUGUAUGAGCUAUUUGUACAUUUUGGAAAUUAAGCCCUUGUUGUUCACAUCAUUUGCAAGUAUUUUCUCCCAUUCCAUAGGUUGUCUAUUUGUUUUAUUGAUGGUUUCGUUUGCUGUGCAAAAGCCUUUAAGUUUAAUUAGGCCCCAUUUGUUUAUUUUUGCUUUUAUUUCUUUUGCCUUAGGAGACAGAUCCAAGAAAAUAUUGCUUCUACUUAUGUCAAAGAGUGCCUAUGUUCUCUUCUUCCAGAUUUCCCAGCACUACUUAUUGAAGAGACUGUCUUUUCUCCAUUGUAUAUUCUUGCCUCCUUUGUCGUGUGUUGACUGUGGGUGUGUGGCUUUGUUUCUGGGCUCUCUAUUCUGUUCCAUUGAUUUAUUUGUCUGUUUUUGUGCCAAUACCAUGCUGUUUUGACUACUAUACCUUUGUAGUAUAGUCCAAAGUCUGGACGGGUUAUACCUCCAGCUUCAUUCUUUUUUCCCAGGAUUGGGGGCUUUUAUGGUUCCAUAUAUAUUUUAGGAUUCUUUGUUCUGGUUCCGUGAAAAAUGGCCUGGGUAUUUUGAUAGAGAUUGCAUUAAAUCUGUAGAUUGCUUUGGGUAGUAUGGCCAUUUUAAUAAUAUUAUUUCUUCCAAUCCAAGAGCAUGGGAUAUCUUUUCAUUUGUUUAAAUCAUCUUCAGUUUCCUUCAUCAGUGUUUUAUAGUUUUCAGCAUAUAGGUCUUUCACCUCCUUGGUUAAGUUUAUUCCUAGGUAUUAUUUUUUUGACCUGAUUUUAAAUGGGAUUGUUUUUUACUUUCUGAUAUUUCAUUAUUGGUGUCUAGAAACGUGACCGAUUUUUGUAUAUUAAACUUGUAUCCUGCAACCUUGGUGAAUUUAUUUAUUAGUUCUAAUAGUUUUAGAGUGGAGACAUUAGGGUUCACUAUAUAGAGUAUCAUGUCAUCUGCAAAUAGUGACAGUUUUACCUCUUCCUUUCCAAUAUGGAUAACUUUUAUUUCUUUUUCUUGUCUGAUUGCUAUGGCUAGGAUUUCCAAUACUAGGUUAAAUAGAAGUGGUGAAAGUGGGCAUCCUUGUCUAGUUCCUAAAUUUAGUGGGAAGGCUUUCAGCUUUUCACCAUUGAGUAUUAUACUAGCUGUGGGUUUGUCAUAAAUGGCCCUUAUUAUGUUGAGAUAUGUUCUCACUAUACCCACUUUGAUGAGAGUUUUUAAUCAUGAAUGGAUGUUGAAUUUUGUUGAAUGCUUUUUCUGCAUCUGUUGAGAUGAUUAUGUGGUUUUUGUCUUUCCUUUUGUUAAUGUAGUAUAUAUCACAGUGAUCGAUUUGUAUAUGUUGAACCAUCCUUGUGACCCUGGUAUAAAUCCAGCUUGAUCAUGGUGUAUGAUCCUUUUUAUGCAUUCCUGGAUUUGGUUUGCUAAUAUUUUGUUGAGGAUUCUUGCAUCUAUAUUCAUCAAAGAUAUUGGCCUGUAAUUUUCCUUUUUAAGUGUCUUUGUCUGGUUUUGGUAUCAGGGUAAUGGUGGGUGAGGUCCUCAAAUCCUAGGGUAUAAAGGGAUCCUGAGACCAAAAUGUUUGAGAACCAUUAAAUUAGGGUUUGGAUUUUUUUUGUUUUUAUUCUAUAGGAAUGUUCCAUUUUAUAUAAUAAGAUGUGAAAGUCCUGAAAAGUUGUGGAAAGUAUUUUUGUAACGGAAUCAAAUUAUAAAUGAGCUAACAGCUAAUUAAUGAAUUUACUCAUAGUAGUAAGUAAAAUCUACUGUAGUAUGAUUAAAUUGCAUCUAAUAAAUGAAUCUACUCACAAAGAGUCCUUUAAUAUAGCAGAUAACUUAUCCUAAUAAAGAGUUUUAUAUCCUAAUGUAGCUGUUUUUAAAGUUUGUUCUUUCUGAAUAUGGAAUUUGCUUUAAGUUAGGGAUUCAUAUAUAAUACGCUGAUCUUAUGGGAUAUGAAACCAUUUAUGUUAUAUGCUAAAACUUGGAAUACAUUAUCUUCAAGUCUGAGACUCAAGACAAAAUAAUAAUCGACAACGUUUAUUGGGUGCUUGACUAUGUGUCAAUUUCCAAGCUAAGCACUUCACAUAUACCGUCUCUUUUAAUUCUCCCAAGAAUCCUCUGAGGUCAGUAAUGUUAUCAUCCUUUUUUCACAAGUGAUAAAAUGGAGAAUUAGAGUUUAGAUAAUUUGCCAGAGGUCAAACAGACAGGUAACAGAGCCAGACUAUGCAUGUGGGUCUCUCUGAGCAGAGCCUGUACUGUUAACCACCAUAUUUUCUUGCUCUUAGGCAAACGUUUGAUGCAGAUGGGCAGUUUCACCCACGUGAGAGUGAACUCAACUCUCAACCACCCACUAAUGAUGACUCCCAAAGCUUCAUCCCUACCAUGCUUACCUGUGCCUCUCUCCUGAGUCUGACACUGUCCACUAAACUCAUCUCAAGAUGAUUGUCUCAGAGAUAUCUCAAACUCAACUUGUUUACAAGUUCUUCCUUCCUAAAUGUGUUCUUCCUGUCUCAUUCCCCAUCUCAGCUAAUGGUGGCGCCAGCUUCACUUCCAAGCUAGAAACUAUGGUCAUAUUUAACUCAUCUCUAUUCCUCACCUCCUACGUACAUCAGUCCCCAGGUCUAUCAAUUCUGCCUCCAGAGUAUCUCUAUAUUUUGUUCUCCAUUCUCUAAAAACUGCCCUCCUGUCUCUAGAUUUAAUUGAUGAAUUAAGGUUCCUCUUAACACAUUGCUGGGUUUCUAGUCUCUCUCCUCUCCAAUUUGUUCCCUACUUUACAGCUAAACUAAAUAAAAAACACAAAUCCAGUCACUUACCUUAAAAACCUCCCAUUGCCUAUAUGAUUAACUCGGGUUCUCUUUAAAAUGAUAAAAAUUGAGAAUACAACUUUUAGGCUAGAUAAACUAUGAGGGCAGUAUCUUGAUAUUCUCCUUUUACCUUCCUUUUUCAGGAAGUAAAAUGUGGUGAUUUUAAAGCUGUUAUAGUGGAAGUAUCUGGACAAGCCCAUUACACAGGUACAGCAAACUUUAUAGUAGAAGAUGAUGACCCACUGAGGGAUGGAUUUCUUCUCAAAUGACUUAUAUGACUUUUAAGGGCUUUCUUUAAAUUGUUAUCAUAAGUAAAUUUUCUCUGAAUUACGUGGAAAACUGUAUCCAAAUUGUACAUGUAAGCCAACUAACAUUCUUCUUAAAAUAAUACACUGUGGUUAAAUAUAAAGUCAUUAUUCCUGUUUAUACAUGUGUAUUGGUAUAUUGCUUAUAGAAUACAAAAUGCAGAAUACUUUUCUAAUUAUUAACAUAUCAGGUAAAAUUAAAACCUUAGUUCUUGUUACUUUUAAAUAUUCCUCUGUGGUAAUUACUAUAAUAUUCUGUUUUAAAUGCUCUUUGAGUAAUAGCUUCAAUUGUAGCCCUCACAGCAAUGAGUCUUACAAGUUCAUUAUUUUAGUCUUCCAGUUUUUGAGUAAAAUAAUGCCCUCUCUCUAAGCAGCAUGCAAGGGAGACAGCUUAUUAUAAAGUCCUCAACACUUAGCAGUCAUAAACUGGGAAGUAAUGGGGUGGUCAGCUUCUCUGGGUGAGAGUUGUUGUAGCUGCUGCAGGGAUGUCCUCUGUGCUGCAGAGCCCAGCUCCUAUACCCGUAAACUCGUGAGAGAAGAUCAAGAAUCAGGCUUUUGAUAUAUCGUUAAGGCUCUUAUAAAAGGGGUUGUUUAUUGCAUUACUGAAGUAUAGGUACACAGUAGGAGUCAAUCAAUAAAUCUCUACAGUGGGGCAAGUCAACAUACUCUGCCAACUACAUGCCAGGUAAUUUAAAACAUGAAGGACAUGUUAACUAUUGGCGUUCUUGCUAGUUAAUUGUGAACCUGUUAAAAAAUAAAAUUUGAUCAUUAUCAGCAUUAUAAAAUGAAGUAUUAAAAAUUAUUCACCAUGUGAUUUUCUCAAUAUUCAGUAGACUUUUUUUCUGGUGGGUGGGGGGUAUUUUCUCAGUUUAUUUUAGAUUCAUUGUUUUGACCUUAAUUUGUGCUCUGAACUCUGUCAGCCUUGAAUCAGUAGACUCUUUUUUGAGGUAAGUAAUAGUAUUUCUUUUUUUGAGCAUACAGUGAAAUAAUCAAUUCAUUUCAACUGGCUGUAUCAUCCAGCAAGUCUGUGUAGACCCAGUUAUCAGGUCUCUGAUUGAAUUACCUGACCAAAAGGAAGGCUGUAAAGUUAAUGUUCUUGAUUUCCCUAUUAAAUACACAAAAACUAAUGUUUUCCAUUCAUUAUCUCUUAAAAUCUGUGGUAAAAAAUUCACUUACCUCCAAAAAAUAACACUAAAUAUGACCAAGAAAUUUUCUACAGAUUAGGGAGAUUUGCUGUACUUUAUUUUAAUAGAAAUAGAACCACUAUUUGCUCUCUAAAUUUCACAAGUCACAUUAAUUUGAAGAAAAAAAGACACAUAGAUUGUUUAGAAGUUUAUAGCAUUUUGUAAUGUGCACACACAUCUCCCCUGCUCUAACGAGGUACACUGUGAAAUUUGAUUGUUAUUCUAUGGCUACCGAGGGUGGAGAGUAUUUAUCACUGACAUUCUUUAGAAUUGUUAGCACGUGGUGAUAACAAAAAUGCGGACUGACAUUUAGUCAGUUUUAUUAUUGUUUCAAAAUUCUCCACAGACAGUGCACCCCCUGAUCAACUGCACCCAGGCCGGCACUCCCUCCGCCCACCCAUGAUAUGCCACUGCUUUUGUCUCAUUCAUGAAUAUGAGAGAAAUGCAAGCCAGAAGUGUCAACUAACUCCCUCAGGUCGCAUUUAAGGCUGUCAGUCUAGGGCUUCUGACCCCAAGUCCAGUAUUUUCCUGCUACACUUCCUCUGCCUCUAAGACAGGACAGCCAGAACUUGUUCUAUGAUAAUACUUUAACAAAAAUGUUAUGUUUGUUGAACACUGAAAAAUAGAUACUGCCUAAAUCUUCCUAACUUCUAACCCAAACCAGAGCCAAACCCUUGCAAUAAUAUUCAUUCCUUCUGUAUUUCACCGUGUCUCCCGUGGAGUCAAAACCACUAGGGAAAUCAACUGCUGUUCCUCUCACCUCCAAGUGUCUAAUCAGUCACUAAGUCCUGUUGAUUCUACCUUCUGAAUACUGCUCACAUCUAUCCCUUCCCAUCCUUGCUAAGGGUUUUGUCUCAUCACUAACCUCUUUCAAGCAACCUCCUUCCCCUCAUUGGUUCCUUCCUCUAAGGUCUUACUGAGUAUCAUCAUAAGCAAAAUGAAACAAACACCCCUUGUCCACCUUCCCUCUUCAGCCUGCUGUCUGUCACCCCUAUUGCCUUCCCUUUGCAGUCAAGCUCCUAGAUUCCUUACUCUCUUCUCAUUGGGUACAUUUUCUCAUCUUCCGUUUGCUACUCAACUAUUGCAAUCUGGUUUCGACCUCAUUACUCAUUGGAAACUAUGCUUGAUCUAACGACCAGAUUUAAUGGUCACCCAAGGGUUUAUGCAAUCCAUGGUGGAUGCUGCUCCUUGCUUCUUGCAGGCAAGUGUGGUACAUUUUAGAGCACCAACCUCUACUCCCUUGGUGCAGAGCUCAGACACAGAGCCAUCCACUGAGGUUCUCAAGACCAUAGGUUAGUACUCAGGCCUCAUUAGAACCCAUCGGGUGCUGCAGUUGUGUGGGCCCAGGUCCAUCUCCUCUUCACCAUGCACUUGCAAAUCUUUGCUCCAGGUCCUCUAGACUCUGUAAGAGUUGGGGCACCCUCCUCUUCGUCCCUCAAAUUCCACAAUUUCCGUACCAUCCCUCCUUAGGACAAUGCCUCUCAUACUUCAGUGUAGGUGUGAAUUACCCGGGGAUCUUAGAAUGCAGAUUCUCAUUUCCUAGGCAUGGGUGGGGCAUUUCUAACAAGUUCCCAGCUGAUGCUGGUACUGCUGGUAGGAGGACUGCAGUUUUAACCAAUUGAUUUUAAUUCCCUUUUUGGGCCCAGGCUUUACAGGUGAGCCUCCCCUACCUGGAAACUUCUCCUCUUCGCUCUGAGAUACAUAAGAAGCCUGCUACCUCCCUACCUGAAGGUAAAGAAUAGAGCUGACCUCAUCAUCACAGCAACUUUUCUGAGAAGAGGCUGGAAACUUACAUUCUCCUCUUUUCUGAAAAGCAAAAGUAAAACAAAGCACCCCAAAACACAGGACAGCUGAUUUCUCAGUUGGCCAAAUAUGCCUCAUCAAAUACAUCACUCACCUGCUUAGCUUUUCUCCCUUUACCUGCUUCUUAAUUUUUGCUACUCCCUAGCAUUCCACCUAUGGUUCCUUUCUCUCUUCACUCAAUACUCUGUUCCUAAGUCAUAUUCAUGCCCACGUUUUUCUCUCUUGCAGAGAGGCUGACAUCUCCCAAGUCUCUAAAUCCUAAGCUCCAGAGCCAUACUGCAGAUUCACUACUUGGUGGACAAAGCAGACUCAUCUGCCCCUAGAAUGUGCCCCUCCUCCCAUAUUCCCUAAUUUGAUCAAUGGUACCACCAUCCAUCGAGCCAGGAACCUGGGAUCUAUCCUUGGCUCCUUUUUCAUGCUCUUUUGUCCUCUCUGUUGAUGCUCUGAGGUGGACGUCUGUGGAUUUGGCCGGCAUCAUUCCUUUCCCCUUCUUUUAUCAACAACACUCUCCUUUUCCUUUGGGAAACCAUCCAUCCCCUGCACAUAGCCUUGAUGGGGCUGCCAGACAAGGGGUACUCCAAUCAGACUGUCUCCUCUAAGACCUGGGAUCUUGAGAGAAAUGACAUAAGGUCUGAAAAAUGGUUGAAGCAGACUUAUUCCUAUAGAGCCCUAAAGAGAUCACCCUCAGUUCCUUUCUGCUAUCUCUACCUGUAGAGCUGCCCUGACUUCUCUUGUUCUUGGGGUUGGCUGUUAGACUGUCCUUUUGAACUCCCCCUAUCCUUCCAGUAAAUUCUGCUUUUGCUUAAAUGAGACAGUGCCCUCAAUGUAUUGUUUAUAUCCAAAGACUCUAAUCCAUAUACUGCCUCCUUCUUCACUGUAAAUGCCUUAGUUCAGACUCUUUCAUUUCUCCCCCAGGCUAUUAUAAUGCCUUUUCUUUUUUUUUUCCAAAUCUAUUUAUUCAUUUAUUUUUAUUCAUCUAUUUUUGGCUGUGUUGGGUCUUCACCACUGCACGCGGGCUUUCUCUAGCUGUGAGGAGUGGGGACCACUCUUCGUUGUGGUGCGCAGGCUUCUCAUUGCAGUGGCUUCUCGUUGCAGAGCACAGGCGCUAGGCACGCGGGCCUCAGCAGUUGUGGCACGUGGGCUCCAGAGCACAGGCUCAGUAGUUGUGGUGCACGGGCUUAGUUGCUCCACAGCAUGUGGGAUCCUCCCGGACCAGGGCUCGAACCCGUGUCCCCUGCAAUGGCAGGCGGACUCCCAACCACUGCGCCACCAGGGAAGUCCCACAAUGCCUUUUCUUAACUGGUCUCCCAGUUGCCAGAUUCUCUUCCUA